GUACUUUCACUUUAGCUUGGACUGAAUUUUAUAUAACUUUUAUUUUGAAUUGUUGUUACGGCAAUGAUUAUUCUACAAGGUUUUUGUAAAUGUAUUUUCUUUAGUAUAGAAAUUCGCUGCUUUUAGAUAAAUGGUAAGAGCUUCAACACGGUGGGCAUAGUCACGUGACGUUAGCUGUCAAGGCUGGCGAUAGCCAAGAUUAAUUCACCAUGGCCUGCAGUGUGAAUUCUAGAUUCCUGUUUGGCAAAUGCUUCUUAGGUUUGCACAGUGUAAAAGACUACACGAAAGUAACAGCAUGCACUCGCUUGUUUCAACAUCGACAACUGACAACAAGUUUCCCGGAAUUUCAGAACGACCCAAAACUGCAAAACCAUGACCAAAUUUAUAAGUUCAGCUUGGAAAAUCCUGAUAAGUUUUGGAGCAUGCUUGCACGAUCUCGGUUGCAAUGGGCAAAGGACUUUGAUAUCACCAAAGACUGUGACAUUAGUAAGGGGCAUAUACAAUGGUUUUUGGGAGGUCAGAUGAAUGCAUCAGUAAAUUGUGUUGAUCGACAUCUUGAUGCACUGGGAGAUUCCACUGCUUUGAUUUGGGAAAAGGAUGAACCAGGCACGGAAGAGCAUGUUUCUUACAGGCAGCUGUCACAAAUGGUUAAUAGAACUGCCAACAUGCUGAAGAACCAUGGGGUGAAGAAAGGAGACAGAGUCGCCAUCUAUCUGCCAACUUCCCCAGUAGCCAUUGCUUGUAUGUUGGCAUGUGCCAGGAUUGGAGCCGUUCACAGUGUUGUGUUUGCGGGAUUUAGUGCUGAGGCGUUGGCAGGCAGAAUCAUUGACGCGGAUGCGGAAACAGUCAUUACGGCUGAUGAGGGUGUUAGGGGAGGUAGAACAAUCCCACUGAAGAAAACAGUGGAUGAGGCAGUAUCAAAGUGCUCCUGUGUCAAGCGAGUCUUUGUGUAUCGGCGGACGGGAACCGGAUCUCUGGGAAAGAACGACUUCUCUUUGGAUGAUGAAAUGGCCAAGGCUUCUGAUGUCUGUGAACCAGAGCUAGUGGAAAGCGAGGAUUACUUGUUCAUGCUGUACACCUCGGGGUCUACAGGAAAACCUAAAGGCAUCGCCCACUCCACUGCCGGAUAUCUGCUGUAUGCUUUGAUGACUCAGAAACACGUAUUUGACUACAGAGUUGGGGAGAGAUUUGGGUGUGUGGCAGACAUUGGUUGGAUCACUGGACAUACUUAUGUGGUGUAUGGACCACUCGUCAACGGGGCAACCACAGUAUUAUUUGAAAGCACUCCCAUUUACCCAGAUGCAGGUAGAUACUGGGAGAUGACAGAGAGACUGAAGCUACAGCACAUGUACCUGGCUCCCACAUCUCUCCGUAUGCUGCUUAAGGAGGGGGACAGCUUUGUCACUAAGUAUGACAGGUCUACACUGAGAAAGCUAGGAUGUGUGGGUGAGCCAUUGAACCAUGAAGCGUUUGAGUGGUACAGGGAUUUAGUGGGUGGUGGAAAGUGUGAUGUGGUGGACACAUGGUGGCAGACGGAGACAGGAGGAAUCUGUAUCACGCCCCGCCCCUCGGAGGAGGGCGCCCCUAUCUAUGCUGCCAUGCCUAUGAGGCCUUUCUAUGGAAUCGCCCCCGCCUUGGUUGACCAGAGUGGCAAGGAGGUAACAGAAAAUCCUGGAAAGGGAGCUCUGUGCAUCAAGUCUGUUUGGCCAGGAAUGGCUCGCACAAUUUACGGAGACCAUGAACGAUUUCUCAACACUUACUACAAUCCUUACCCAGGGUACUACUUUAGUGGGGAUGGAGCUAGAAGAACAGAGGACGGGCACUACCAGAUCACAGGACGAAUGGAUGAUGUUCUUAAUGUUAGCGGGCACAGACUGGGCACUGCGGAAAUCGAAGAUGUACUGGAUGAUCAAGAGGAUAUUGCAGAAUCUGCUGUCGUGGGAUACCCACAUGAUGUGAAAGGAGAAGGAAUUUAUGCAUUUGUGGUUCUUAAGGGUGAAUCUCACGCGGGUUUAGACAAGUUAGCAGAGGAAAUGCGGGCCAUGGUGAAGACAAGAAUCUCCUCAUUUGCCCAGCCUGAUAAAGUUCUGUUUACCCCUGGGCUCCCUAAAACAAGAUCUGGUAAAAUCAUGAGAAGAAUUCUGAGAAAGAUCGCAGCAGACAAACCUGACGAGCUUGGAGACACAUCAACUCUAUUUGACCCAUCUAUCGUAGAGGCCAUAGUGGAGAAACACGAGUCGGUGUAUGGAAUCCAAAAGAAGGAAUAAACCCUCAAAUAUUAUUAACAUGUAUUGUGUUUAGCAAGAGGCCUUUUCUUUUUGUUUACCUCAGUUCACAAUAUCAUUUCCCCAUAUUCUGUUGUGGAGCAAUACAGUUGGUAAAUACAGGUGUGUAUGUGAGAACAAUCAAUAUUAAGGCACUGUUUAGAAUUUUCUCAUCAUUUCUUUUAAAAACAGAGAAAUCUACAUGUAACAAACACAUCUGUUCUGUUUUCAAGUUGAUUUAUGCACUUAAUGCGACAUUUAUAAAAGGCUGUAUGAUUCAAGUCAAUGAGUACAUCUGAUUUAAUCAUCUAAGCUGGUUGUGCAAAUUUUUACCUCAGGAUGAUUGGGUGUGUCCUAAACAAGGUUGUUUAUUUAAAGUAAAGAUAUUUUGCUUCUCUUAUUAAAGGUAAUUUUAAAAUUAGCUUGCUGAAUUAAAUCAGCACCCAAAAUGCUUUGUAAAAUAAGUAUGCAGUUAUAAUUUCUAACAUUCAUGUGUACAAAUGUAAUAUAAUUCAGGGAAAGAUUAAAAGAUAAAGAUUUUUUUAGAAAUUAAUUUUGAAACAGAAAAAUACUAUGAACAGAUGUUCUGAUGUACAUGUGUGUUCUCAUUUUUCUGUUUUAAAGGUAACUAUGAUUAAGGAAUAAAACUAUGCAAGCCUGUAAACAAGGGCAUCCAAACUUGUUAUUGUAUUUUUAUAUUUUUUCUAUUGUAUUUUUAUAUGUUUCACAAUAAACAGCUGUUUCUCUCCAAUCAGCAGUGCUCUUUUUUUGCACUUUUCCUUUUGUUCUAUAUCUAUAUCUUGAUUGAUUGGUGCAUAAUAAACUUCUAAAUUUGUAGAAACUUCCAUUGACAUUGUAUUUUAUAGGCAUACUAGUCAGAGACUUCUUGAUUCCUACAGUCAUUUUUAUACACAAUUUUUACUGUCGUACAAGCACUGUGGAGUAAAAAAAGAAAUGGGGGAGCGGUUGAAAUUAUAAAUGUAGCAAUUUUGGAACAUGUUUAUCAGGAUGAAGAAGGAUUAAUUUGGUGUUACAUUUAUUAUGUCUAGUCAGUGAUGCCAUUGAAACCUGUAGCCAUGUUUAUCAUUUGCCAGUUACAAGCAGAUUGACAUAUAGUUUCAAGAAAUAAAUGAAGCUGAUGAAGAAAUACAUGUAAGAUUGCAUGUAUACAGUUCAUGUAUAAUGCAUGGUUUUUAUUCAAUACUUGUUUGUCUUUGUUCCUGAAUUUCAGAGGUGCUAAUUAACUUGUUAAAAGUUCUUGGAACAUGACAAAUGAAAUGGGUUAGGUAUUAAAAGUUUUUAUCGCCACCAUCAACAUUAUGCAAUCUAAUUAAAAUCAGAUCUUCUCUAACCAUUACACUGGAGUCUCCAAAUCAGAUCUUCUCUAACCGUUACACUGUAGUCUCCAAAUCGGAUCUUCUCUAACCGUUACACUCGAGUCUCCAAAUCGGAUCUUCUCUAACCGUUACACUGGAGUCUCCAAAUCGGAUCUUCUCUAACCGUUACACUCGAGUCUCCAAAUCGAAUCUUCUCUAACCGUUACACUCGAGUCUCCAAAUCGGAUCUUCUCUAACCGUUACACUCGAGUCUCCAAAUCGGAUCUUCUCUAACCGUUACACUCGAGUCUCCAAAUCGGAUCUUCUCUAACUGUUACACUCGAGUCUCCAAAUCAGAUCCACUGGAGUUUCCAGUGUAAUGGUUAGAGAAGAUCUGGUUUUAAUUAGAUUGCAGGUCACGCGACUUUGGCGGGAAUCUGGUGUCAGAGGAGUGAUACAAUAAUCUGUGCAUGUUACUUUUAAAGUGAAUUUCUCUUCCCUUAUGCAGGUUGUUUGUCUAUAUUUUUGUAUUUGAGUCCAAGUGCUUUGAAAUAUUGAUAGCCAAAAUGCUCCAUCGUUUUAGUAGUGGCACACAAUGAGUUAAUUCACAGGAUGACCUGUAUAAUUUGCAGUUGUGCUGAUGUGAAAUCGAGUAGCUAAGACUUGUUCACUAUGAAACUAUUGUCGUAUGAUUAGAUGGGAUGGAUGAUAUCUUAUGCUCGUCGAAGUUCUCAUCAUAAUUGGCCAUUUAACUUGGAAUGAGAAGUAUUAUCAUCAUUAGAAAAAUGGAAUAUUUAUUUGGAUUCUUUUUUAAUGUUGGCAGUGGCUCUUUUUGUUGAUGAAAUCUAAUUUGAUAUAUGUUAUAUAUUUGUAUCAUGUGUUCUAUCAAUACUGUUACAGUAUAUGAUAUUUUCAACAGGGAAAUUCACUUUGAUACCAUGGUAUUUCAUGCAUGUGUAUAAAUGUUUAGAAAUUUACCCGUUCUCUAUUCAGUAUAAUUAUAGAGGUCAGUAAUAAGAAGCUUUCCUUGGUACCUGUAUAUUGUUUUAUGUGUUUUGGUAUGUAUUUAUACUUGUUACAGAUAUAUCUUUGUUCUACCAACAGAAGCUGUGUGGAGGAAUGGUCGUCUGAUAGAUACUUGUAUUUAGUGUAGAUUGUAUUGGGAAAUAAAUAUGAGAAAUAUA